AUGCGUACACAAGAUAUUGCAUUACUUAUUUCGUUUAAAGUACAAUGUCCUAUUUGCAAUCGAUGGGUGAAAGCAGCCACGAUCAAUGCACACAUCGAUGCCAACUGUCCACUUCCUUCAACAUCUAAUAAUUUCACUAAUGUACAGCAAAAGGAUACUGAGCAACCUGAAGAGCCUAAAAAUAAUAGUACUAUACAACAGGAUACCAGUCAAACUUCUACUAGGAUGGCUCCAUUGUUUGUGUCCAAGUCAAGAGUACAAACAAGCAUUAGUUCAACCGAGAGUAGUAGUUCAUCGAAACGUGCUUUGGAAGAAUCUCCAGUGUUUUCAAAACGAAAGAAGCCAAACCCUGCGAUGGAUGCAAUGCCAUUAGCUGCCAAAGUCCGCCCUUCGACCCUAUCCGAAUUCGUAGGACAAGAAGAGCUUUUGGGCCCUCAUGGCGUACUAAGAUCUCUUAUUGACAACGAUCGUAUACCGUCCAUGGUACUCUGGGGCCCACCCGGCUGCGGAAAGACGACUAUUGCUCGAAUCAUAUCUAAAAUGACAAAGUCAAGGUUUAUUGAACUAAGUGCUACAAGUCACGGUGCUGCAGAUGUUAAAAAGGCGUUUGAUGAGGCAAAGGGGCACCUUUUUUUGACGGGCCAAAAGACGAUCAUUUUUAUAGAUGAAAUACAUAGGUUCACAAAGGCACAGCAGGAUUUAUUUUUACCAUACGUAGAACAUGGAACCAUUUGCUUGAUAGGUGCAACUACAGAGAAUCCUAGAGUCUUUGUACUGCAGCGUUUAGAUCAAGAGAAAAUCGAGGUUAUUUUGACAAGAGCAUUGCAGCAUUGGAAAGGUAGCGAACAGCUAGGUGAACAAGAAAUAGAGGGUAUCAGACAAUUAGCUAUUUAUAGCGAUGGUGAUGCUCGUCAUGCGUUAAAUACACUUGAAACUGCAUUGAAUUUACUUCCAUCCAAAGAAUCCCAACUUACAGCAGAGACAGUAAAAGAUCAACAUUAUGAUAUCAUCAGUGCAUUACAUAAAAGUAUUCGUGGAAGUGACCCCAAUGCUGCUCUAUAUUGGUUAGGAAGAAUGCUAGAAGCAGGAGAGGAUCCAUUGUGUGCUAGUGAAGAUAUUGGCCUAGCUGAUAAUUCUGCUCUUCCUUUGGCAGUAGCAGCAUAUCAAGCUUGUGAAAGAAUUGGCAUGCCUGAAUGUGAUACCAUCCUUGCACAUCUCGUAGUUCAUCUUGCUGAAACUAAAAAGAGUGUGAGGACAUAUAAAGCUUAUAAUCUUGUCAAAGAGACUAUCCGACAAAAGCCAGCAUAUCCUGUUCCAUUACAUAUUCGUAACGCACCUACUAAACUGAUGAAGGAUUUGAACUAUGGGAAGGGAUACAAGUAUAACCCUGAUUAUGAUGAGCCAGUAGAUCAAACUUAUCUACCUGAAGAAUUGAAGGAUAUACGGUUCUUGAAAGAAUAA